AUGUCGGACGACAAGGAGAUCGCCAAACCACAGGAGAGGCUGAUCGGGCUCACGAGACUCGCGGAACUCGAGAUGCGCACCCACAUCGACCUUGAUCAUGAAGCUAACCACCUGCCAGACUACACCCUCAACAACCCUGAUACUUUGACCAAGUACAAGACCGCCGCUCAGAUCUCUGAGAAGGUCCUGGCUGCCGUCGCCGAGCUCUGCGUUCCUGGCGAGAAGAUUGUCACCAUCUGCGAGAAGGGUGACAAGCUCAUCGAGGAGGAGCUUGCCAAGGUCUACCGCGGAAAGAAGGUCAACAAGGGCUUCUCUCACCCUACCACGGUCUCCCCGGCCUCCUUCGUCACUCCUUACACCCCUCUGACCUCCGAUGAGGCCGAGGCCAACGUUGAGAUCCAGGCUGGCGAGCCCAUCAAGAUCCAGCUUGGUGCCCAGAUUGACGGCUUCGGCUCCAUUGUUUGCGACACCAUCAUCGCUGCUCCCAAGGAGAAGGCCGGCGAGGAGAUCACUGGCCGCUCUGCCGACCUGAUCCUUGCCAACUACUACGCCAAUGAGCUUCUUCUCCGCUUGAUGCUUCCCCCCGGCCUGCUGGCUUCCGGCACCGACGAGGAGAAGGCUAAGGCUGCCGCAGCCAAGGCCCCUACCCAGGCUAAGAUCACCAGCCUUCUCGAGAAGGUUGUCAAGAGCUUCGACUGCAACCUCGUUGAGAGCACCACGUCAUGGUUGUUCGAGCGCAACGAGAUUGAGGGCAAGAAGAAGAUUGUCCUUGCUCCCUCCGAGGGCAGCAAGGGCGACGGCGUUCCCGAGAUCGGUGAGGUCUGGGGCGUUGAGAUGGGCGUGAGCUUGGGUGCCGGCAAGGUCAAGACCCUCGACCAGAGAACUACUCUGCACCGCCGCACUCUCAACACCUACGGUCUCAAGCGCCCGACUUCCCGCAAGAUCCUCUCCGAGGUCCAGAAGAAGUUCGGAACUUUCCCCUUCAGCUUGCGCCAGCUCGAAGAUGAGCGUGAUGCCAAGUCUGGUGUCGUCGAGUGCGUCCGUGGUAACGUCUUCCGUGCGUACGAGGUCGUUGGUGACAAGGAUAACUCCCCCGUUGCUCGCUACCUGACCACCAUUGCCAUCACCAAGAACGGCAUCACCAAGCUUGGUGCGCCUCCCGCUCUUGACCUCAGCAAGGUCAAGUCGGACAAGAAGAUUGAGGACGAGGAGAUUCUCAAGAUUCUGGAGCAGCCCCUCGCCAGAAAUACUGGUAGCAAGAGCAAGAACAAGAAGAAGAAGAAGAAGCCCGCCAAGAAGGCUGCUGCUGGCGAGGAGGAGGAGAGCGACGAAGAGUAG